AUGUCGGAGACUGUGGCUUCAGGCCCCGAUUCUGACACGCGGGAUGACGAACGGCUGGCUGCGUGCUUCAACUGCAAACGGUCCAAGUUGAAGUGCGUGAGAACCGCCGGGUCCUCAGUCUGCACGCGCUGCCGACAGCGGCGCAUAGAAUGCGCUGCUCCAGCUUAUCAUGUGGGCCGCCACAAAGGUGUGAAGAACAAGCACACUGGGCUCGAAAAAGCCGUCCACCAGAUUGAACAGGCUUUGAGACGGUCCAGCGCCGGCCAUGAGCAGAUACAGAGCCAGGAGCAAGCCAACGAGCUCCGUUACCUGCUUGAAAGGUCGCGCGAGCUCCUGGCUUCCGGGGAUCGAUCCGGUGUAGAUGACUAUGCUACAUUGAAGUCCGAAGAACAAGACCAGAGAUCCUCUCCCAACCGCACACCGACGUCCCUAGAUACACCACCUUCUCAGUUGGCAGCACGUGAUCACCCGCCAAUGCAGAAAGGGGAGGGAGACCAACUGAGCCUUGACGACGCAGAGAACCCACUGCAGCUUCUUGCGCGCACUUCCGAGUUGCUGUCCGCCAUACAGCCUCGGGCCCCAAACGGUGUACCCGGCCAUACUGCGUUCAAGUAUGCGUCGCGGAACGACAAUGAUCUACAAAAGUUCUUCGGGCCUUAUCAGCCACGCCUGGAUGUCGGAGACGAUCUGGACCCUGUCGAGCUGGGCCUCAUCACUCUUGCGGAAGCCGAGGCGUUGUUCUCUUACUUCUAUGACAAACUCGCACAUACACGAUGGGGGAUUGACCCUGUGAUACAUACAGUUGAUUUCGUGCGAAGCCGCUCUUCUUUCCUUCUCACGUCUAUUGCGGCAGCCUCGGCUCUGUUCUCACCGUCGCUGGAGUCUUUAUACAAGCGACUGUCCAACCACCGACAAAAGCUAGCCGGCAUCAUCUUGUCCAAACAGUACAAGUCCGUCGAGAUUGUCUUGGCUUUUAUGGUCAACAUACCCUGGAUUUCAGCCGGGGACCAUUGGGCAGAUGACGAGACCUCGACAUGGCUUUCCAUGGCUUUGACAAUAGCUCUCGAUAUCUCCUUGAACAAGAUAAUCCUGCCAUCUUCUUGCGACCCUCACACACCACGAGACGGUGUUGCUACUGCGGACUGUAUUACCGCGAGGAAAGCUCUUCUCAUUGACGGAUUUGGCGAUAUCGAUCCUGCUUCUCUGCCUGGCAGACGAUUACUGAGACGGAGGGAGCGGACUUGGUUAUCACUAUUUGUCUUAGAGAGAGGAGUUUGUCUAGCUCGGGGAAGAGAUUACGUGCUCCCCAUGUCCCCAUUGAUCGAAAGCUGCGACCAGUGGCAUUUAUCAGAAUUAGCAGACCGAUGGGAUGGCUCAAUAGUUUCCGUUGCGGUUCUGAGGAGAGAUCUUGCCAACCUGAUUGCCCGGGUUCGCGCGAUAUGUGACGGUUAUGUAGACAACAACGACAGCGAAGCUGCUGUUGUCGAGAGGUUGAAAACCGAGAUUACCCUGUUUUUUGAUAGAUGGUACCAAACAUGGCCGCUGCAAAUCGGUGAUCGGGAGCUUGCAGCCCGGCACUACUUCCGAGCAGCAGGACUCUCUUCCGCCCUCAACGUGCUGCGGGUGGCAGUGCAGGGCGAGAACCAGCUGAAAUCGAUGCCUAACAACACAGCCAUCAUGAUAUCUUGCGCUGCGUGCUUCGCCCUCCGCGUUGGGACGGUCGCCGAUGCUCGUGGUUCAAGCCUAGCACCGAGCAUUCGCACAUUGAUCACUGAGACAACUGAUGUGCUGGAGAGAAUCGGGUCUACACCGAUCCAGCGGAAAGGACUAUCGUGCAUAUUUGCGAGGCAGCUCCGGCAGAUCCUCAAACUUGCAUCAAGAUCUGCAGAUAACGCCCGGAGUCACGCUGCCCCUAGUAGAGAAGCCACUACGGCCCCCGUCUUUCCAGAUAUCAACACCGGAAAUGUCCACCAUACCUUGCCCGUGGAAAUGCCGCCUUCCACCAUGCCAUCGGACUAUCCCCUGUUUUCGACAAUGUCGAAUGUACAGCUAGACGAGGCCAUUAACAAUACUGAUGUGGGGUUGGAGUCGCUCUGGGAAGACUUCCAAUUUCAAAACGGAGCAGACCUCGAUUGGAUGGACUGGUCCACGUUUGCCUAA